AAUAUUGUACCUAUCUAAGGGUAUUGAAUGCAUUUAGUUAUCAUACUUACUCUAAUUAUGUGUUAAAACUUACAAAUAUUGUGUUGGAAAUUAGUAUUUAUAUAUUGGUCAAUAUUCUUGAUUGUUAAAAUUAACCUCAAGAUGCUUUCAAUAAUUUCACGAUUUAAUUUAUUUGAAAAGACGAUUAAAAACAAACGUAGUUUAUGGCAAUGGGUUGAUGACACAUUUAACCGUUUUGAUGAAGAACGUACAAAGGAAAUUGGUUCUAAUUUGGCAUGUGCUGAAUGGCUUAUGAAAAAUGGUGCACAGGUGCGUUUUAAAGGUUGUAAAGAAUUUGUUAGCCAUUAUGAUUGUUUAACAACUGGACAAGAUAGAUCCAUUAAACAGUUAAAAAUUGAGCAAGUUUAUGCUGGAAAAGAAGCUACUAUAUCACAUAUAGGAUUUAAUUACUUUAAAGACUGUGAGAAUAUUUCUGAUAUAGCAUUUGUUGGAUGUCAUACGAUUAAUAAUAAGGCAUUAAAUAAACUUCAGAUCUUAAAAAAUUGUUUAACAUCUUUAAAGAUUAGUAGCUGUGUUAAUAUUUCUGAUGAAGGAAUAUUAGACAUAGAAUAUCUUCAGUUAUUGAAUCAUUUAGAAUUGAAAAAUAUACAAUUUAAAAAUCAAAUAAAAGUUAUUGAUCAUCUUAAAUCCAAGUUGCCACAAUGCAAUAUAAUAUUUAGUGAGUAAAAUAAUAAAGAUGAAAGAAGAAACUU